CAAUAAAAUAAGGUCUUAUGGAUUUAUUUGUGAGGUAACUUGAGCCCAGUAGCGGGAAAAGAUAAAGGAAAAAAAGGAAAUGAGCAUAAGAAAUCUAGCGCAAUGGAAAAGCUUCGCCAAGGAGGCACUAAAUCAAUCAAUAUUAGUAGCCAAAUUCCUAUGCUUUCUCCACGUCACCAACACCUAUCUCUGCACUGCUGCUCUUACCUAUGGCCCCAGCAUGCUCCCUACCCUUAAUAUCACCGGAGACCUGGUAUUGGCUGAGAGAAUCUCCCCUCGAUUCGGGAAGGUGGGUCCCGGUGAUAUUGUUCUUGUAAGGUCCCCUGUUAAUCCUAAAAGAAUCGUCACCAAGCGUGUUAUGGGCGUUGAGGGUGAUUCAGUCACUUACGCUGUUGAUCCCAAGAACAGUGAUGCGAGCAAUACUGUUGUGGUUCCUAAGGGCCAUAUUUGGAUUGAGGGAGAUAAUGUGUAUGAUUCAAAUGACUCGAGGAAGUUUGGGGCUGUUCCUUAUGGUCUUCUUCACGCAAAAGUGUUUUGGAGGGUAUGGCCGCGAAAAGAUUUUGGACCUCUAGGACAAAGAGCAAACUAAAUGAAGAAAUUCCGCAAGGGGCAGAGCAAGAGGCAUAACACUAAGUAGUCCUCAAAAGGCAUCUCUCCAAUCUUGAUAGAUCUACUAUGUGGGAUGUACAAGCUUAUUUAAAUGGUGAAAUACUGGAGAAAUUAGUCAUAAUUGGCUCCUCUAGAAUGAAGAUGGACCACACAGAGGUUUGCUCUGCAGAUAUCUUGGCGAAGAGAAUGAGAAUCAGGGUGUUACAAGUGAUCAAUAGUUUUAAGGUGUAAACCCAUACAAUCAAGUUUGUAUUUUUAUUGGGUUGUAAUUUUCCUUUAUGUUUAGGAGUUGAAUUGCAACUCUUGUGCUUGGAAUGAAUGAAUUUCAUCUUUGGUGAAAAGGUAAAAAUAAAAGAAAAAUGAGAUGGAGUAGCUACCACUAGCAUCUGAACCUUCUCUAAUCAA